AAUAAAAUCUAGGUAGCAGGGGCUAAAGGCCAGGGAUUGGUGAGCCGCCACCAACAUACAUUGAUUCUUGCUCCUCUCUAACAUGAAGCCGUCCUUCUUGAAUUGUCAGAAGACUUCAGCCAUGAGCAUGUUGUACGCGUACUUACCUGAUAUCAAAUCCUGUUUCAACAUGAUUUCAGUCCUUUUCUUCUUGGUUUCUACCUACCUAGUUUGUUUAGCCAGUGCUUGCAAUAACUUGCAGCCAUGUACGGUAUUAGCGACUUUGACUCACAAUAAUAGCAUCAAUGAUGAAAUCUUCCUUAAUUUCGAUUAACGAAAUAUAUACCUUUUACGCCCGCCUUCCUAUUUAUGCUCUUUCCUCUACCAUGCUUCUCGCUGUCGCCUUUUUAUUUGUCAUCCUUCUAUUACGAAGUCAAGCCAUAAAGACGUGCCUCUCAUCCUUACUUUCUCGUAUUAUCAAUAUUGUGCUGCGCAGCUGUUACCCAAUCAAGCAUGUCGAGAAUGGUAGAGAUUUGCCAUCACUUCCGUACGUCUUUCCUAACGGUCAGGGAAACACCGAGAAAUUUCUACAUGGACGCACGAAAAGCGCCAAUUGGGAGCGCGAGUAUGGAGGUCUUUAUCGCCUGUGGGCGGGGAUAAAAGGAGAAGUUGUCCUCACCAAACAUACCCACGUCGAAACCGUAUUCCAUGAUUCCAAUAAACACACCAAAGCCCACGCGAACGACAGCGGCUACCUCAUGGACCGCCUUUUAGGCUCCUGUCUUGGGCUAAUCAGCGGCUCGCCCUGGAAUGCCGUCAAGUCUGGCGUCGAAGCUCCGUUCCUACACCGUUCAGCAAGCACAUAUGUCACCGACAUUCAAGACUUUACCAAAGCAUACAUGCGUGCGCUGAAUGCGGAGAGUGAGCCACUCAGGGAUCAUGGUAAGCUACAUCCGGUGCACGAUCUGAAACUGCUUCCGUUCCUUUUUGUAGCAAGAAUUAUAUAUGGGUCAUUGAGUGCGGAGCUCGAGAAAGAGUUGAGGGAGCUGAUUCCGCUUAGGGAGGAGCUAUUCAAGAGUGUGGUUGGAGGCGGGAUCACGAGGUUUUCCAUCGCACGGUUUCUCCCUCUCCCCGCCAUUCGCGCGCUUCGCGAUUUCAAGAGACGCUGGGCUGAAUGGAAUGACAAGGCGCAUGCUUAUGCUCUCCAGACCAAGAGAGCCGAGGCGACACCUAUCAUCGGAAUGUACAGAUGCGUCGACGAAGGAACAAUAACGCGAGAGCAGCUCCUGCAAACGCUCGAUGAAAUGCUGUUCGCCAACAUCGACGUCACCAUGGGCGGCAUUUCGUGGACGCUCGUCUUCCUAGCGGCCCACCCCAGCGUGCAGAAGAUGCUGCGCAGCGAAAUCCAGACAAGCUCUUCCCACGCGGCGUCGCGCAACGCGUAUCUCCUCUCUUCCUGGACGACCACGCCCACUCUUCUCGGCGCAUGCAUUCUCGAGUCCGCGCGUCUGCGCCCUCUGGCCGCGUUUUCCGUCCCCCAGUCAUGCCCCACCCCGCGCGUCCUCGACGGCUUCGAAGUACCCGCGGGCACGAAUUUCGUCGUCGACUCCUACGCGCUCAACAUCCGCGACCCGUUCUGGGGGCCCGACCGCGAGCGGUUCCGGCCGCAGCGCUGGCUGGAGAGACAUAAGAGCGGCCGGGAUCUGCGCUAUCGGUACUGGCGGUUCGGGUUCGGCCCGCGGACGUGCCUGGGGAAAUACGUGGCGGAGUUUCUCUUGAGGGCCGUGGUAGUCGAGGUACUAGAGAAUUGGUCUAUCUCGCUGGAAACUACGGAGCAGCAACGAAGCAAGGAGGUUGAAAGUGAAAACGGUUGCGAUAGGAAGGAGGAGGAGGAUAUGGAUUGGCCGUGGGAUGAUGAAAUGUGGAUCCAUCACCCUGAUCUCUUUUUGAAGUGUAGGCCAUUGACUCGUCCUACGUAGAAGACUCAAAUCUAAGCUGUAAAUUGAGUUCUAGUGCUGGUUGUCAGUAGUUAUAAUCCAAGGAGCGGCGUGUAUGCUUUUGAGAGCUCCACCAGCACCCACAUAAGCUUACUUCUUGUUAGUUAGACUCCUUUGAAGACCACUGUAAGAGCCUCAAUGCUUAUAGGUUUAACGGGC